AUGGAGAUGGAGGUGGAGGAGGAGGGAAGAAACUGGGAGGACUUGAACGCUGAUUGUUUGGUUAAUGUGUUGGAGAGGGUUGGAUUGGAAUCUCUGAUGUUUGAUGUACCCUUUGUCUGCAAGUCUUGGUACAGAUCUUCUCUCUAUCCUGAAUGUUGGAGAAGACUUCGUUUUCCUGGUAGAGUCUGGGACAUUGAUGAACCAUCUCCCUUUGGGUUCAAUCAAUUUAGCCAAAGAUUCAUUAAUGAAUAUCAACUUGAACACUUCUCUGUCAGAGGCUUUGUUAAACUAGCUGUAAGCCGAAGUCGUAGAUCUGCUGUCAGUGUUUGGCUUCCUUGUGACUGUACUUCAGAGAUUUUGGAGUUUGUGUCAAAUGAGUGUCCUGCAUUAAAAGCCAUGGGCAUGCCUCAGUCUGUAUUGCAACUUCAUCGUAAAGUUAUCCCAGAACUUGUAGGAAAAUGGAAGGAUUUGCAGCGAUUACACUUGGGAAGCACUCAUUUUUCUUUCAAGGAAAUCCUUAUUCACGUAAGCCUUAACUGCAAGAACUUUAAUGGGCUAUCUGUAAGAGGCAAAGUUGGCAAUUAUGAAGCAUCAGCUAUUGCAACUUUACUUCCAAACAUCAAGAAUUUGUGGCUGAGGGAGGGCACUUUAGUGACGCGUGAGAGUCUCCAGAUAAUAUUGGAGGGUUGUAGAGACCUUGUCCUACUGGAUGCAAGAAGUUGCUUUGGUUUUGAAGCAGAAGAUGAAGUGAUAUUAAAGAUGGCUUCUCACAUCAAGACCUUUAUGGUGGAGGGUUCUUGUAUAGGGGAUCAUCCGGAACAUUAUGAUGCCUUUGGUUAUAUGGAAUUUUGUAUCCAUGAUGAUGAUGAUUGGUUUUCCAUUUGA